AUGAAAUUUUGUAAGCUCUAUUCAUGGAGAACUUUUGUUUAUUUAUCUACUACCACAAUCAUUNGACGUUUUUCGAAUCAUUCCCGUUAUGGUCUAUUGAGAACACUUAAAAGCUUGCGAUUAGUUGUUGUUGCUUGUGCGCAUAAUGUGGCAAAAGAGAUUCCGCAAUUUCGUUCUCAUGUAGAACGAAUCAUUCAUCUGUUUCAUUCAUCGUCGCGUAUUCUCAUAUUCGAAAGUGAUUCAACCGAUAAUACUCUUGCAUCACUACAUCAAUGGACCACAGCCCAGGUAUAUACGGGAGGCCGACUAGAGCCAACGAUUCCGGCUCGUAGUGAACGCAUCGCGUAUUGCCGCAACACUCUUAUUCAUAAAGCUCGUAUGCUUGAGCCCGAUUAUCUUUUGACACUUGACAUGGAUAUAUUUGUUGGUAGCCUUUCAGCAUUCCUAACGAAUUUCGAUUAUGACAUGAAAGAGUGGUCUGUCAUGACAGCAAACGUUGGUGGCUUCUACUACGACAUUUGGGCCUUGCGCACAUUAUCUGAAUUGAAUCUUAACUAUGAUGUAUGGCAACGAGUAUGGGCACUGAUUCGCGGAUCGUCAAAAUAUUGUGGAGAAUCUGUUAUUGAUCAAGUAAUAGGGAUUCACAAAAAGCCCAUUCCUACUUCGCAUGAUCUACUGGAAGUUCGCUCAGCAUUUUCUGGAGCUGGUUUGUACAAAAUGAGUUCAAUUCAAAAUUGCCAAUACUCCGGAGAAAAUUCAACUUGUGAACAUGUCCCAUUUCAUUUAUGCAUUCGUGAAAAAAAUAGAGGUCGAAUAUUCAUUAAUCCAAGUUUUCGAAUUGAUCACACGAAUGACACAUAA